CCGUGGUGUCCGCUGGAGCAGCUGAUAUGAGAGCCAUGGAGCUCCAAGGCAUCUCAUACCGUUGGUCCAACGAAGUCAUCGCCCAGUUUUGCUUACCCGAGGGGCAGACUCUAAACCCCUCGUUCGGGCCCUGCGUGGUUGUGGUGCAGUCCCCGUCCUGUCCCGACUUCUCGAAUGCUACCGUCGCCCAGACUUUGGCCCUUUGGCUCGCCACAGACGACGUCUUUUGCAGCUCCUUUUGCACCACCCUUUUUUAUGUCACCGCCGCCUCCGGAAAAGAGACCCAGCUUAUUUACCCGCCGCUGAAGGGUUUUCCCGCCUUGCAAGACCUGGGGGUCCAAUGGAUUGUCAAGAUUCUGCCUGGAGACGAUUUCCGUGGCCUGCAAAAUCUUUGCUCUGGUCCAUACGUCUGGAGAGACGCCUGCUUUCACCAAAUCUAUAGACUCUACCCUGACACCCAGUCUGCGUUCCUCUCUUCCAUCAUAACGAGCACCUGCAACUACCGCCACUUCAUUGAGACCUAUCCGACAGCUCACGUUGCCGUUCCUUCACGCAUCUACUUUGGACCUCCAACUCACCGUCGCCCUUUGGCGGGCCUUCGUUUUGGUCUCAAAGACGUCUUUGACGUCGCAGGUUUGAAGACGGGUGCUGGAUCCAGAGCCUACUACAGCCUCUCUCCUAAUAGCAAAGAAACUGCUCCGUUAGUGGAGAUUCUCCUCCGCCUUGGAGCCGUCUUGAUCGGCAAGACCAAGCUCACGCAAUUUGCCAAUGGCGAAGACCCGCAGGAGUGGAUUGAUCACACUUGCCCGUGGAACCCCCGAGGGGACGGCUAUCAAAAUCCCGACACGAGCAGCAGUGGGAGUGCCACUGCUGUGUCUUCAUACGACUGGGUCGACUUUGCCGUUGGCUCGGAUACAUGUGGCAGCAUUGCCUGUCCUGCGGCUGCCCAGGGUGUUUUCGCCAUUCGGUUCUCCAAGGGCGCGCUGCCACGAGAAGGUGUUUUCAGGCUAAAUGAGUAACGUGUUUGAUAAGCGAGUGAGACAGACAAGCGAGUGAGAUAAAAAUCCCUCAACCUACAUCCUCUCCAUUUGAUCAAUUAAUUCUUAACCACCCAGCAUGUUACAGUCUAAUUAUGAGGCUAGAAUGCUCCUUGCCCUUUAG